AUGUUCAAAGCUGCUAUAUCACCCUUCAAGGCGACUCUGGCUCCUCAGACACCGAAGCGGCGGGACUCAACACAGCCUGCUGAUGGAUCAUCAACUGUUGAAGUGCUAGCAGAAAUCUCUGGCAAUCUUUACGCACCCGCUGUAACGUCAUCGCCAGCUAAUCUACUGUCACCGCCGAACUUUCACACCGAAGACCUGCAGCAAAGGUUCCUCGUCAUGCUACGAGAGCGCGACAAGCUGAAGAGUAAGAUCGAGCAGCUUGAGAGCAUCCUUCAGAGAGCGCUUGUAACUAUACGAGCACUCAAGCUGGAGAAUCGGCACCUAAGCGACGACGCACAGACAUAUCAGGCAGCGUAUCUAGAGUCACAGGAUUAUCUUGAUCAUCUAUUACGGAGCUGUGAACACUUCAUCUCAGACCCUGCCGCAUUCAUCAAAUUGCGAACUUUGCCCGCAGCAAACCAGGAGGACCUGAAAGCAGAUUGGGACCGUGCUAGCUGGAUCUCAGUCCUCGAUACGAGAAAACAACUUGUGGAGAUUGAAACUGAGAUGGAUAAGAAAGAAUAUUGCAAAGCAGGAGAGAAAAUCGAUGAGAUGCUUAGAGAAGAAGAUAUCGAUCCGUUCUUGGUGAUCGAUUUGCAUCUCUUAAAGAGUCUGGUCCUGCGUGGUUUGUACUUCCCGCAAGAAGCGCUAGAGCAUGCGCAAAACGCGGUUAGUAUUUGUGAAGGUUUGCGACAGGUCGAACAACUCACCAAUGACGUGGCCUUCAACUACCUAGCAAAAACAAAAUACUUCUACGCAAAGUGUCUGUAUCCCGUGGGAAAAUCCGAAUCGGUCUCAGCUGCGCUCCAAUGCGCCGCAGUCGUUGACGGAGAUGAAGAUAGCGAAGAAAUCAAGCUUUGGAAGACUCAUGUUUGGGACGAGUGGCGGAAAUUUGGUUUCGAAGACGACAAAUUAGCAGAACGACCCGAUCAGUCGGAACAGGCAUCUAUUUCGACAAAGAGUGAUGAGACAGGCUUAGUGUUAGUUGCUAACACUACAAAGUCCACCUCUCAUCCAUCGAAACGUCUUAGCGAUUUUACUGACUUACUGAAAGGGAUGCCACAGUCGACCAGCCGGCGGAGAAGGCAGAGUCAUUAUGAAGACACAGAAACGCUCAGACAGACGCAAAGGUCGCGUAACUCAUCCUCAAAACGACCCCUGACGAGAUCACACCCCCCCUUUUCCACAAAAGACGUUCUGUACUGGGUGUCAGAAUUUGAACUUGACCCCGCUCUUGACAAGAUCACCGAGAACAGAUGUGACACAUCGCCGAUGGAGAACAUAGGAUGCGAUAUAGACCUCCCAUACGACCAACAGCAUCAUCAAAGGGUAUUAACGAGUAUAUUUGAAGUGCCUUGUAUAGUGUAG